CAGGCCCUGUUGCCCGCCCAAGGCCCAAACACUCAAAAAUAAUCAGAACUCACUAUUUCCCAACUCCUCUCUACAAACUUCCCAUCAAUAUGCAAAACAAAACCCUUCAAGAACAAUUAGAAUUCGAGAUCACAUCCAAACCCUAAUCUCUCCAAUUUCACCAUCAACUACUCAGUUGAAUUCUGGGUUUGUGGUUUUGUACAGACGGCCCUAAAAUGGCCACUCGAGGCCGGAGAUCGUCAUUCUCAUCAUCGCAAUCUUCAUCAGAAUCAGCAUCAGCAUCAGCAUCAGCAUCAGCAUCAGCAUCACUGAUAUCAUCGUCUAUGGCCGAGAGGCACUUGGGGUUGGAGAACCCAGGGAAGGCUAUGGCAGCGAAGCCCCAAUUGGGGAAGAAGCGACCAGCUUUUGCUGACCUGACGAAUCAGAGAAAUGGUCCUCCUAAUGCUCCAUGGGCGGCUGUUGUGUCAAAAAAGCCUAUGGGUACAUGUUUCCAAAGAGCUAAUCAACCUGCAGUAAGUAUUACUGCCUCCAGCGGUAUGGAUGUUUCUCCUAGCAAAUCAGAUGGUGGUUCAGUUUCUUUGGAUGAGACUGUGUUGACUUGUGAUUUUUUGAGGAGUCCAGAAUUUGAAGACAUAGACAACGAUGAUGCUUUGGCUGUCAAUUCUACUGAGGGGAAAGCAUGCAGUAAUCUCAACAUUUUGGAUCCUGAGGGAAUAGCAGGUAACAUCUGCAAGAGAGAUAUCCCUGUGGAGAUUAAAACAGUCGAUAGAGUGGUUGGCAUUGAUGAUAACGUCACAGAUCCCCAGCUCUGUGCUGCCAUUGCAUGUGAAAUCUAUAAGAACUUGCAAGCAUCUGAGAGAAAGAAAAUGCCUCGCACAGACUAUGUGGAGAGAAUUCAAAAAGACAUUAAUGCCAGCAUGCGUGCUAUACUGAUUGAUUGGCUUGUAGAGGUUGCUGAAGAGUACAGUCUUGUACCUGAAACUUUGUUUUUGACUGUUAAUUACAUAGAUCGUUAUCUUUCUGGCAAUGUAAUUCAGAGGCAACGACUACAGUUGCUUGGUGUUGCCUGCAUGAUGAUUGCUGCUAAAUACGAGGAGAUCUGUGCGCCUCAGGUGGAAGAGUUUUGUUACAUCGCUGAUAACACAUACUUCAAGAAAGAGGUUUUGCAAAUGGAAUCUUCGGUGCUGAAUUACUUGAAGUUUGAAAUGUCAGCCCCAACCGCUGGAUGUUUUUUAACGCGGUUUGUUCGUGCCGCUCAAGGAAUUAAUGAGGUUCCAUCGAUGCAGUUGGAUUACCUGGCCAACUACCUUACAGAGUUAUCGCUGCUGGAGUAUGGCAUGCUCUGCUAUGCUCCAUCUCUAAUUGCUGCUUCUGCAAUUUUUUUGGCCAAAUUUAUACUUAACCCGUCAAAAAGACCAUGGACUUUGACCCUGAGGCAUUGCACACUUUACAAGCCCUCUGACUUGCGUGACUGUGUCAAGGCAAUACAUCGUCUCUUCUGCAACAUCCAUAGUUCUAGUUUGCCUGGAAUUAGGGAAAAAUACAGUCAACAUAAGUACAAAUUUGUUGCAAAGAAGAACUGCCCUUCCUCAAUACCUCAGGAGUUCUUUAUUGACCUCAGCGACUAGACAUCCGGUUUUGUUCAAAUGUUCUGUUGGAUAGAGUCGGAAGUAAUUUGCCUUUGACAGCUUGUUUUCUUCGGAUGUAAGAACUCAUUUUUUGCCCGUAUCUCAUUUUAAUUCUCUCUUGGCCAUAAAUUUACUGUGGUCAUAGCCUUGUACAUCUGGUUUUGUCGAUUAGAAUUUUUUUAAUUUACCCCAAUGCUCAACAUGCACAUUGUAGUUUCUUUUCAAGGUUAAAGUUCUUCAGUUUAAAGCUCUUGUGAUGUUUGAAGCUGUUACUCUACGUUUCAAGCAAAUGAUUCACUGAAUUUUUUUUGUACCCGAAUCACUGAUAAAUAUGCCACUAGAUGGGGCUGUAGUGAUUAUUAUGAAUUUAA